AUGGCAGCCCCACCAAACUUGGAAGAAGUUGGUAUAAAAACUACUGCCAAAACAAGGAAAGAAAACAAUGAUGCUGAUAGGAAAGCAGUGAAGAAAAACUAUAAAGCCAAGAAAAUCCUUGUGUGUGGAAUAGGACCUGAUGAGCACAAUCGAGUCUCACCUUGUUCAACUACUAAAGAGAUCUGGGAAUCUCUCCAAACUACCCAUGAAGGAACAACACAGGUGAAGAACUCAAAAAUCGACAUGCUCAAAAUAGAGUAUGAGAUGUUUAAAAUGAAAGAGAAUGAAUCCAUUCAUGAGAUGCACACAAGAUUCACCUCUAUUAUCAAUGAGCUUCAUUCUCUAAGAGAAGUCAUCAUAACUACCAAACUAGGGAGGAAGUUGCUUGGUGUGUUGCCUGAUUCUUGGGACAACAAGGUAAAUGCUAUCUCUGAAGCAAAGAUCUCAACACGUUGA